UCAACGCGUCGCAGUUGGAUGUUUCCAUAUUCAUUCUAUAAAUAUGCCGAUGGCAAACUCUUCGUUCAUCUCCACACAACUACUUCAAAUUAGUUGAAUACCAGAAAAGAAAAAACUUCGAACUGCAAAUAAGUUUGAUCUAAGACAUGGGAAAGCUAGCAAUCCAACUCCUCUUUUUGAUCACUUUCUUCCUCGUUCUUGUUUCGCGUAUCCUCCCGGCAACAUCUCAAGAAGUUGAGGACGAGGCAGACUUUAAUUAUGAUCCAAAUGGGGAGAAGGGACCUGCUAACUGGGGAAGGAUUCACCCUGAGUGGGGUGCUUGUAGCAAUGGAUCUAUGCAGUCUCCUAUCGAUCUGUUGAGCGAAAGAGUCGAUGUGGUGUCUCAUUUGGGGAGACUCAGUAGAAGUUACAAGCCUGCUAAUGCCACUCUUAGGAAUCGGGGCCAUGAUAUGAUGCUGAAAUGGGAAGGUGCUGCAGGAAGCAUUGAAAUAAAUGGAACUGAAUAUCUACUCAAACAGUGCCACUGGCAUUCACCUUCAGAACAUACAAUCAAUGGCAAGAGGCUUGCUUUAGAGGUGCACAUGGUUCACGAGAGCCUUGAUGGAAAGGUUGCUGUUGUUGGGAUUAUGUACAUGAUAGGAAGGCCAGACUCUUUCCUGUCAUCUUUGACAAAACAAUUACAAUUGGUUGCUGGCACGUAUGAACGAGAUACAGUGGCGGGAGUAGUUGAUCCAAGGAACAUCAAGAUAGGCAGCAGAAAGUAUUACAGAUACAUGGGCUCCCUUACAAUUCCACCUUGCACUGAAAAUGUUCUGUGGACCAUUGUUAGAAAGGUGAGGACUGCCACAAGAGAACAAGUUAGAAUGCUUCGUGUAGCUGUUCAUGAUGAAUCAGACACCAAUGCAAGACAAAUACAACCAAUAAAUAGUAGAACGGUGAAACUUUUUAGACCAGAAGACAAGGAUGACUAAACAAAUUACUUCAAGCUUCAUUUUUCCUGGCAUUAGUGAUUACAGCUAUAUAUAUAUAGAAAUAAAGGAGAGUUUGGAUGGAUCACCAACAGAGUUAUUUGCAGUAGAUUACCUGAUUUUAGUUGUAGCUCUAGGUUAUUUUUCAUUUUAAUUUCUUCGUUCAUUUAUUGCCUACUAUUAUAUGUUUAUACAUGAAUAUACUCUAUCUUCAUGAA